AUGGAGGUGGCUGCUCCCCAUUUUCUGUGGUCGUUUGCGGUCCGGUACGCUGCGCAUCAGCUCAACCUCUGGCCCCGUGUCUCCUUGCCGGAGACCUCGCCCACACUGCGUUGGACGGGGAAGGUUGGCGAUGCGUCGCGGUUCCGGGUCUGGGGCUCUCGUGCCUUUGUCCGCAUUACCACCGCGGACAAGCUCUCCUCUCGCGCCAUUCCCUGCGUCUUCCUUGGCUUUCCCCCUGACGCGCCUGGCUGGCAGUUUUACCACCCCACCUCUCACUGGCCUCUCAGGACGUCACGUGUCUCUCAAGUAGACCGACUUCCCUUGGUUGAGCCUGUCGAUGUUACUGGUGACUCAGGUGCUGCUGGGGGUGGUCUUGCCCGAGGUGCUAUGUCUGGGGGUGCUGAGCCUGUGGGUGCGGAGCCUGGGGGUGCUGAGCCUGAGCGCGUGGAGCCUGGGGGUGCUGAGCCUAAGGGUGCUGAGACUGGGGGUGUUGCGCCUGAGCGUACUGAUCCUAGGGGUGCUGAGCCUGGGGGUGCUGCUUCUGGGGGUGCUGAGCCUGGUGGUGCUGCUUCUGCUGGGGGUCUUCCAGGAGCCUCGCCGCAGUUGUCUCCCCAGCAGCUGGAGGUGCUGGAGCUGGAGGCACUGGAGCUGGAGACGCUGGAGCUGGAGGCGCUGGAGCUGGAGGUAUUGGCAGUGGAGGUGCUGGAGCUGGAGGUCCUUAUGCUGGAGGCCCUGGAGCUGGAGGUACUGGUGCUGGAGGCACUGACGCUGGAGCUACUGGAGCUGGAGGUGCUGCCACUGGACACGCUGGAGUUGGAGGCCCUGUGCAACAGCGUGAGCCCCUCUCACCACAGCAGCUGCGCGAGUGGCUUGCCCGGUGCACCCGCUUUCGGAGUCGCGCAGGAGCUGGAGGCACUGGAGCUGGAGGUGCUGGAGCUGGAGGCACUAGAGCUGGAGGCGCUGGAGCUGGAGGUGCUGGAGCUGGAGGUCCUGGCGCUGGAGGCGUUGGAGCUGGAGGCACUAGAGCUGGAGGUGAUGGAGCUGGAGGCACUGGAGCUGGGGGCGCUGGGGCUGGAGGCGCUGGCGCUGGAGGCGCUGGAGCUGGAGGUCCUGACGGUGGAGGUGCUAGAGCUGGAGGCACUGGAGCUGGAGGCGCUGGAGCUGGAGGCACUGGCGCUGGAGGUACUGGAGCUGGAGGCACUGGAGCUGGAGGCACUGGAGCUGGAGGCGCUGGAGCUGGAGGCACUUGCACUGGAGCUUCUGGAGCUGGAGGUGCUGGCGCUGGAGGCGCUGGAGCUGGAGGCCCUGUGCAGCAGCGACCGUUUUUCUUGCCGCCGCCGCAGCUGUCCGAGCUUCCGCCCGAGUCGGUGCUCCGUCAGGUUCUUAGUCUUCCUUCGUCCACUGCCCUUCCUCCGGACUCACCGCUGCCUGCCCCGUCCCGUUACACUGAGCAGCCGGUCUCCCUUACAGAGAGUCCGUGUCCCUCUGCCGUCUCCUCCUGCGUCCUCUCUCCCUGUCGUUCCGGACCCUGAGUCUGACCGUGUUCGUGCUGCCAGCCCUACUGUCACCCGUCUCCUUGCUACUGUUGUCACUGACCCGUCGUUUGAGUCUACUGCUGCGUCUGCUUUAGUUGCUGAGCUUGUAGACUUUGAUGCUGCGUGUCGUCUAGACUACACCGCCAGUCUUGUUGCUGAGUCUGAGUUUGUCUGUCCUCCGUCCGUCGGGGAGGCGAUUUCGGGUCCCUACUCCUCUCAGUGGCAGACAGCCAUGGACGCAGAGAUGGCAUCCUGGAAGUCCACAAGCACCUACGUCGAUGAGGUUCCCCCACCUGGGGCGAACAUAGUCGAUGGCAUGUGGAAGCGGCCGCCGGGUUCUCCGCCUGUCUUCAAGGCUCGUUACGUUGCACGAGGCUUCAGUCAGCGACAGGGAGUUGACUACUUCCAGACCUUCUCCCCUACCCCGAAGAUGACCACUCUUCGGGUGCUGCUACACGUUGCCGCUCAGCGUGACUACGAGCUUCACUCUUUUGACUUCAGCACAGCGUUCUUAGAGGGCAGCCUGCACGAGGAGAUCUGGCUGCGCCGCCCACCUGGCUUCACUGGGUCGUUCCCUCCUGGUACCCAGUGGAGCCUCUGGCGGCCAGUCUACGGUCUCCGCCAGGCGCCUUGUGAGUGGCACGACACACUGAGGACGACACUUGCGGCUCUUGGGUUUGCUCCUUCCACUGCUGACCCGUCGCUGUUUCUCCGCACCGACACCUCGCUGCCGCCGUUCUGCAUCCUCGUGUACGUCGACGACUUGGUUUUUGCCACUGCUGAUACUGAGGCACUCGCCCUUGUGAAGUCGGAGCUGCAGAAGAGACACAUGUGCACAGACCUGGGUGAGCUGCGCAGUUACCUUGGCUUGCAGAUCACCCUGACCAUCACCCUGACUCAGUCUCACAUGGUGCUGCAGGUCCUUCAGCGCUUCGGCUUCCAGUUCUCCUCACCAUAG